UUCUGUCACGACUAAAAAAGAGUUGCUGCCUAUUGCAUAUAAUAAAUGUGAUGCAAGGGUGCGUAAUAUUAAUUACAAAUAAAAAGAAAUAUCUGCGCAAAGAAGAACAAAUUAAGUUUUACAUUAAAAAUAACAUACGUUACAUUACCCUACGAGCGGGACAAAAUAUAACAUCAUUUUACACGGGCUCCGUUUCUCGGCGCGCUAUGAAGACUUGAAAGAUACAGGCCACUCGACGGCAGAGGCUAAAUGAAUACAAUAGCCUGGUUAAUUUCAGGUAAUCGGCGCUUCAUACGCGAACAGCGGCGGGGACGGAAAUUCCGCUAUUAAUGAUGACGGUGUGGGUAUUGUUAUUAUAGCGCACACUCAUUAUUAGGUUUGAGUGGAAACGCAAGCCGCCGCGCGCGCUGACUCGACAGCGCAGGAUUCGUCGAGCGCGAGGACCCGGGCGCGCCUGCCCGUGUGGUUUGGUGAGUGUGGGACGUGAACUCUGCCUGCGGUGAGGUGAUGCUGAGAGACGAUUCGCCUCGAACGGGAGCUUCGCUUUCCAGCUCUCUGAGAAUUUUUUUUUUUUUUAUCUUAACAAUUUUAUGAAAGAAAAAAAAACCGUUCGACCGUUCAUUCAUAGACAGAACCGGGAAAUGCCCGGCAGCUCGUUUCGAGUGAAAAGCGAAAACGCCGGACUCCUGGGGCGCGCGUGAACUGCGGUCUCCUCCUAACGGCGACUUCUUAUCUCCACUGACGUUUAAUCAGUGUGAUGAACGUACCGUUACAGAUUUAAUCGUUUAAGCCGAGAACUAUAUCUUCCCUCAGGUGUUUAGUUUUUUUUUCACCUUCAACGUGAAACUCGUGAACUUUCCCGCUUUGUAGCCUACGGGUUUUGUGUUUAACGUUGACCCAUAAGUAUUAUCCGAUAUUGAUAUCCAAUAAAAACGAAUUAAUUGUACAUAGCCUACGUUAAUGAUCUUUUUUUUUUUUCUUCAAUAAGGCUACGUGCAUUGCGCUAUAUAGCCUAACAAGAACUGCAAUGAACCGUACCGAAAACGAUCAAAACAUGGGAUUUAUUUGGACUAAAUAUAGCAUAAUCGCGCUUUUCCCUCAAAGCAUUUGACGAACCGGAUUUCGACAGCUUUCAGAAUAUGAAACAUGAAAAGUUGCUAAAAAAGAAAAGUAAAACGUCACGGACACUUUCUGGCUGUCAAACUUGUUCGUAGAUAACAUGAUGAACUUCUAUUACGAUUAACCAGGCUUUUCUCAAUUCUCAGAUAAGAUAGAUAGAUAGAUAGAUAGAUAGAUAGAUAGAUAGAUAGAUAGAUAGAUAGAUAGAUAGAUAGAUAGAUAGACCACAUCCUUUAGGCUACCACAGCAAAGGAGAGAAAGGCGCAAAGGGAAAACAGCAAAGCGCGUGUGGUUAGCAAAAAAAGAUGCGAUACUUUCCAUUCAUCACUCGGUUUAAAGUCAGUAUAAAACGGACCGCUGGCAUCAAUGUCCUCAGCAAUAUCAGGAGACUUUCAAGAGGUUUUACCACCGUUUGUUACCGGGUGCUAUUUGACACUUUUAAUUUUUGGCUCCCAGCAUAUUUUUUUAUUGUUGCUUUCUUCUCUCGCACAAAUACGAUGGCACUUUGGAAAUGCAUCGCCUUGCUGUGUCCGUUUCUUUUUCUCUCUCAAGUUUGCUCGGCGCCAACAAAAUGCGCGAUGCGACGAGACCUCUUGAAAACAACUCACAGCCUACUUGAGAGCAUGGGAGGUCUUUUUCCUCGUGAAUGCUUAGAAGAAAACGUCAAAAUAACCUUCCCGAAAUCUGCACUGCAAUCAACGGGCUCCAAUCAGAAGAUCGGCGCAGCGAAGGCGGCGUACAAAGUCAUGGAGCACAUCGACUACCUGUUUGCCAACGACACUCACCCGGAGUCCUGGAACCAGAGGAAAGUGGAGGAUUUCCAAAACCUGGUUUUUCGUUUAGUUAACGACUACCAGUGUAUCAUGGAGAGAACGCAGCGAGCCCUGGAUGACUUUCCCACGAGAGAAGAUGCGCUGAAAACCUACUUCGACAAACUGGCCACUCUCCUCAGGAACAAGGACUACAGUGCCUGCGCCUGGGAGGUGGUCCGAAAGGAGCUCCUGCAUCUGCUGAAAUUCACAGCUCAGCUCAAGUUAUUCACCUAAAUUAAGUUUUCGCAGAUUAUUUUUUGUACUUAUUUAUUUAUUUAUUUAUUUAUUCGUAUUUAUUUAUGUAUGUAUUUAUUUGAUUCAUUCAUUUGUGUAACUAAGAUGAUUACACUGAACACUCAAUAAAACUGA